CUCCCUGGGGGCUCCAUUCCCACCCAUUCCCUGCUGGGAUAGUGGAUGCCAGAGUGAAUCCUUCCAUUUUCCUGCUAAUUAAUUACCUUAAUCUUGGGGUUUAAUUAAUUAAUUUUAGGUUUAAUUAAUUUGGAGACACCGUAAGUGGGAUUUUUGCUCAGCUGGGAGCUUCCCUGGGAGUGGAGCUGCUCCUUUGAGGGGUGAGGUGGUGACAAGGGGAUGGAAUGAAGGUCUGGGAAUCCCUGGGAAGCUGAGUGAUUGUCUCCCGUUGGGACAGGUGGGAAGCAUCCUGUUCUUCAGGUGCCAGAAGGGAUAUCUCCUGCAGGGCUCCACCACCAGGACCUGCCUGCCCAACCUGACCUGGAGCGGCGUCCAGCCCGACUGCGUCCCCCACCACUGCAAGCAGCCCGAGACCCCAUCCCAUGCCAACGUGGGUGCCCUGGACCUGCCCUCCCUGGGCUACACCUUGAUCUACUCCUGCCAGAGCGGCUUCUACCUCACCGGGGGCUCCGAGCACCGCACCUGCAAAGCCGACGGCAGCUGGACAGGGAAACCCCCCAUCUGCCUGGCUGACGUCCGGCCCAGCGGGAGGCCCGUGGGCACCGCGCGGGAGCCGCCGCUCGCCAAGGCCUCAGUGCCUGCGGAUGUGUUUGCAAGGAAUUCCCUGUGGAAAGGCUCCUACGAGUACAUGGGGAAGAAGCAGCCAGCCAUGCUCUCUGUCACCAGCUUUGACCCUGCCACCAGCAAGGUCAACGCCACCUUGAUCGACCACAGCGGGGUGGAGCUGCAGGUGUCGGGGAUUUACAAGAAGGAAGACGUGCACCUGCUGCUCCAGGUGUACCAGAUCAUGGGGCCACUGGAGAUCUUUGCCAACAAGUUCAGGAAUGACAAAUGGGCUCUGGAUGGACACGUCUCGUCGGAGUCCUCGAGUGGCACCUUUGUGUACCAGGGCUUUGUGCGUGGCAAAGGCUUUGGGCAGUUUGGCCUCCAGAGACUUGACAUCAGCAUGAUGGAAAAUGAUCCUGAAUCCAUAGGCCACCACUUUGCAUCCAACAGCAGCUCCGUGGCAGCCGCCAUCCUUGUGCCUUUCAUCGCCCUGAUUAUUGCAGGGUUUGUGCUUUAUCUCUACAAACACAGGAGGAGACCCAAAGUCCCGUUCAACGGCUACGCCGGCCACGAGAACACCAACGUGAGGGGCACCUUCGAGAACCCCAUGUACGACAGGAACCUGCAGCCCUCAGACAUCAUGGCUGGCGAGGCCGAGUUCACCGUGAGCACGGUGUGCACGGCCGUAUAGCGCUGUCCCCACACGAUUCCCGUGGCUGGUGUCCCGUGUGGAUGACUGUCCCACCUCACCAUCCAUCCAUCCAUCCAUCCCCUCCCCACCUCCCUGCUCCCGCCCCGCCGAGGCUGCGGGGAAGCUGCUGCACCUCCCUGGAAUUCCUGAGGGGCUGCUGGAUCCACCUCCUCCAUCCUGCUGGAUCUCCAAGCCAAAGGUUCUGCUCCGGCCCCGCUCCCAGACCUCGGGAAGGCCUGGUGGUGGGAAGGCUUUCCCGAGCUGCUCCUGGAAGGAGCUUCCCAAACUUUGGGAAGAGCUUGGGCAACAAAGAGGUUGUGCACAAGGUGCUGGACUUAUGGAAAACACCUGGAUGGGCCAGGAUGAGGAUUUGCGUGUCUGGGUUUGGGUUUCUGGGUUAUUUUUUGGUUGCAUUUUCUACCCCAGGGCUUGAGCAGAGGAAGGGUUUUCAAAUGGGAGCUUUGCAAACCUUGGGAAGCUUUUCCCCUCUUCCCUGUGUUUGGUUUUCCUUUGGGCAUUCCUGGCUGGAUUUACAGAAAACACCUGGAUGGGAUAGGAUGAGGAUUUGGGGUUUCUGUAUUUGGGUUUCUGGGUCAUUUCUUGGUUGGAUUUUUUACCCCAGGGCUGAAGCAGAGGAAGGGUUUUCAAAGGGGGCCUUUCCAAGCAAAACUUGGAAAACUUUUCCCCUCUUCCCUGUGUUUGAUUUUCCUUUGGGCAUUCCUGGCUGGGUUUUUCCUGCCCCAUAUUCCCCCUGAUUUGAGCUGGGCCCAAAUCCCUGAUCAGGAAUUCACUUCCAGACAAUUCCGGAAGGGACAGGAAUAUCCAAAGGGACAAAAAUCCUCUCUGAAAAGAGAGCCCCGAUCCAGCACGGGCAAGGGUCAGGCAAAUGUUCCCACAUGGAUUUGGGGACACUGGAGUCAGCUGUGCUCCCACCUGGAGAGGAUCCCAGGGUGAAAUUCCAUGGGCAGAUGGAUUGGGAUGAUGUCAAUCCCAGUGGGACUCCAAGGGAAUAUUCCCCCCUUCCCUUGGAUCCCACCCUGCCUCCAGCUGGGCUCUCCUGGCCUUUUCCCUGAUCUUUUCCAAGCUCAAUUAUCCCUAAAAAUCCCACAGCCCUACCCAAACCCCUGCCCUUCCACGUCCCAAUCCCAAUUCCAGGGCCCAAAACUCCAACAAUCCCUGGAAGCAGAGCUUGGAUCCUUCCAGGUCCUUAUCCAAAUUCCAGGGAAUCCUCCCCUGGAUGCUCCAGGUGAUUCAUGUUGCCUUCCCACACCAGGUUCCCACUCAUUCCAUGGAAAAACCAGGAGAACCCCAUGUCCAGGACUGCAAAAUAAAUCCAAAAUAUUAAAACCACCCAGGCAGGGAGAAGAGGGAGCUCGACUGCAAUGGAAUUUGCUGCUUUGGAUCCAUGAAUUCCCUUUUCCUGCUGUUGCCCAGGGAGCCAAGAAGCGGGAAAAGGGGUUUAUCCCAAUUUUUUUGCAAGCUGGCUGGGAUCUGCUCCAUGCCAUUCUCCAUCCUUGUGCCCAGAGGACUUGCAUAUGGUAAAAAAAAUAUGGGAAAAAGGGAAAAAAAAUGAAAAUAAAAGGAGAAAAAAAAUGAAGAAAAAAGGGAAAAAAAUGAAGAAAAAAAAGGGAAAAAAUGAGAAAAACUAUAAAAAACCACAAAAAAAGCUCAAAUCCCUCUUUUGUACAGAGAUAUAUUUUUAUUAAUUAAAAGUUUGUACAGCUAAAAAAUAAAUAAAAAAACAAAAUGUAAUUUUUUUUUUUCAUUAUCGUAGGGAAAAACAAAAGUAGUGGGAAAAAAAUCAGCUUUUUUUGUAAAUGUAAUAAAGUGUAUAAAUGGUUUCCAUAAAAAUGUACAUAUGGAAUCUCUCCAUGCCCCUGGCUUGUCUGCAGAAUUCCCAGUUAAUUUAUCUGUCUCUGUAUAUGAGGCUUUUCCGUGUGUUCCCAGCGUUCCCUGCGGAAUUUCAAAGCUAUUUUCGAUUUUGGACUUCCGAAUAAUAAAAAAAUCUCGAUUUUUGCAUUGC